AUGAGGCCGCUGGCCGCACAUCCAGAAUCUACGCCGCAAAUUCUCAGAAAAGUGUGGGGACGGUCCGGCGGAAAGUUCAACAAGAAAAGCUUCUGCUAUGCUGAACUGAAGACUACGGAAGAGGAAUUCCUUGAGAAUCUGACGGCGGGCCGAGUCAAGACAUAUUUUGACUGGGUCGAGGACACCCACCGGAACAGCAUCAAGGCAGCAUCGGCCUUUGACUCUUACUGGCGGGUCCUGAAGAUCCUGUAUGUGGAGCGCACUGGCCAUGGCAUGGACAGCGGGAUGGAACAGAAUUGUCUGAAUUAUAAGAACGUCGUGAUCAAGAGAUGGGGUCUCCGGCGACGGCGGAGGAGGGGCACGUCUGGCACCAAGGACGAUGUGUACCGCAUCCUCCACGCCCAUUGGACGCGGUGUACGAAGGCGUAUGCCAAUGAGAAGCAGCGACUCUACAUUGCUGCAGGUAUCCUCUUGUCCUUCAUCUCCGGUGCCAGGCUGGUCUCGCUGUUCGACACCCGGAUCAAAACCGGUGAUGCGGAAGCCGGAGACGGACAGUCAAAGGGAGUGUCGCACACAGCGAGCAGGGGCUCAAAGAACAGGACCAACCGUCGGCGUCACCGUCCCCGAGCCACAGGGCCCACCCCCGAUCGCUACCCAACGGCGGGAUCCGGGAUCGGCCAGCACGGGAACAGACCCAUAGCACUAGAGAAACGCAACGGCAGCUUCGAGGAACCCCUGUUUGGCGAGCUCGUGCGAGAAAACGAUACCGACACCGAGUCGAGUGCAGAGUCAGUGGAGAGCGGCUGCACCAGCGAUACGUCCGCCGACAAUGACAUCAGUGAACUUGACCGCUUCAUAGAGGACGUGACAGAUGACGAGUAUGAUGCGGGCCCUGAGGAGACUGGGGCCAUUGUCUGGCGGCAUGUCGGCUUCCACAUCAUUCAGAGCCCUGUGGCUGGCCGGCCAAACAUUCUCCUGGCCAAGGUCACACUCCUCCACACCAAGGGUGAAGACAAGAAGCUGAAAACAUUCAUCAUCAGUCAUAAUCCGGAGCCGCUCCUGGAUCUUCUGGGGCACUUUCUCUCCAUGGCAAUAGAUGACGAGAUCUUCGCGCCCGAAUUCGAGAAGCUUGAAGACAUCUACUGGUAUCCCAUCCCGUCCUACCUAGGCGGUAUGAGCCUAAAGAUCAAGGCAGAGAUGCUGGACGUGCCGGUGUUCCGCCAGCCGGAACGCACGGGCGAUGGGUAUCGAACAUCAGAGAAGACGCCGCUCAAAGGAUCUACAUGGAGCGGCUACCUCAGACACCUUCGCCUGGUGGCUGGGCUCAAGUAUAGUCUGAUCCAGUAUGUCUGGCGACGCUCUCUCAUCAACGCCAUCAACAACAAAGCUCCGUCCUCCGUUCGGGAUCAAGUAGCUGAUCACGAAUCCAAUGCGGUACAGUACUAUCUGGACACAGUCAUCCGCUUCGAUCUGGAAGCCGCGGCCAUGGAGCUUCCGUUCAAUGAUGUGGUCCAGAAAGCAGCCCAUGGGCUGUUCUUGAACGCCGACGCCACUGCCCCGACGGAACUUACUGACGAGCUGAAAAGAAAGAUCACCGAGAAUCCAAAGAUCAUAGAGCUUACCGAGCGUAGUAAAGAGCUGACCCGGAAGCUGAGGGCGAUGGGAUUCCGUUCCGUGCCGGCAGCGCGGGGCAAAACUCCACUGUACGAAGAGAAGAUGAAGGUGGUUUCCCGGCUGAACCGCAGCAAAGUUUACCUUCACUCCAAGCUUAUUGAGCGGCAGAGGCGGUGGCACUUCCGGCAUGCUGAUACGGAGCGAUUCAACCAGCGACUCCGCAACGGCGCGGGCGGUGGGUCUCUGGAUGAGUGUCCGGCCCCGCCACCACUUCAGAUCUCGGAACGGAGACGGGUCGUCGAACUGACGUGCACUGGCACUCAGGAACUGACUGAGGAUGAGCAGUUCGGGCGCCGGUGUGCGUGCAUCAUCGUCUGGUUCAAGCUGCAGCGCCGGAAGGAGGUUCAGCGUCGGGGCCGUCACAAGAAACAGCAGCCGUCCCAGCGAGAUUUCCAACUUGACCCGCCCCUAGACACCGUGCGGGCGAAAGGAUCCAUUCCGGCGAAGCUGGGCGAAAAGCAGUGCCCAUUCUGCGUCGCUGAUAUUUCGUUGCCUUGGGGGGAGCGGAUGAAGGUCCGGGAGCGCACGAACAAGUUCUGGAACCAUAUCGAGAGCGUCCACCGCGAGGAGCUGAAAGCGUACUCCACCGGGCAAAAGCACUGCGGAAUCUGCAAAGUACAGGGUGUCACCUUCACUCCACCUUCCAUCAUGGAAUUCAAAAGUCAUACUCUGAGCGUACACGGUCCGCGUCUGCGCCCAUGA